CGUUUCCUUGUUUAUUUAUGAUAAAGCCGGGUUCUGGUCUGCAACGUCGGGGGGCUGCUGUCCGUUGAUGGAGCUAAAUGCAAGUGGGUCUGCUGCUGACCAUCGCUUCAGUUUGCAAGAGGAGGAGGAGGAGGAAGAAAGGGAAUGGUGUUGCACCAUUGAAGACAGUAAUAGCAACCCUCUGAGUCCUGCAGCAGCAAGUCGUGAAUUGACAGGUGAUUGUGAUAAUCAUGCCUUUCAAGACCCUGAUAUCCUGGGAUUCAGGGUAAUUGUGCACAUUGAUCUGGAUUGCUACUAUGCCCAGGUGGAAACAUUGAGACACCCUGAAUACAGAGGAAUGCCUUUAGCUGUUCAUCAAAAACAUCUGGUGGUCACUUGUAAUUAUGAAGCCAGGAAGUAUGGGGUAAAUAAAAUAAUGUCAGUCAGCGUAGCCAAGGACAGGUGCCCCCAAUUGAUCCUUAUCUGCGGAGAAGACUUGACACCCUACAGGGACAUAUCAUACAAAAUCACAGAAUUACUGGAAGAGUUCAGUCCACUCGUGGAAAGACUAGGGUUUGAUGAAAACUUUAUCGACAUAACUGAUCUAGUGGAGAAGAGAUUGCAGCAGAUUGGAAGUGGUGUUGUCCCUGCAGAUUUUUCUGUGUCAGGUCAUGUGUACAGUAACCAGGCAUUAAAUACGGCUGAUGGAAAACAUGUUCGGUUGGCUCUCGGAUCAAAAAUUGGAGCCGAAAUGAGAACAGCGAUAUGCGAUAGAAUCGGUCUCACCAGUAGUGCAGGAAUCACAUCAAAUAAAUUGUUGGCCAAACUGGUGUCAGGGACAUUUAAACCCAACCAACAAACAACAUUGUUUCCAGAAAGCAUUCAAGACCGUAUGGGGAACCUUCUGCAGCUCAAACAAGUACCCGGGAUUGGCCCGAAAACAGUCAAGCGACUUGAGUAUUUUGGAAUUCACACCAUUCAUGCCCUGCAAACCUUUCCAUUGGAUCUGCUGGAGAAGGAUCUGGGAGUGAUCACAGCUCAACGGAUACACAAGCUCAGCUUUGGAGAGGAUGACUCUCCUGUUACCCCAAGAGGUCCACCCCAGUCCCUCAGUAAUGAAGAUUCCUUCAGGAAAUGCUCCUCAUUAGUUGAAAUCAGAAUGAAGCUUGAAGAACUGCAGAUUAGUCUUCUAAUCAGAUUGCGGAAAGACGGGCGUGUACCACGGACCAUAAGGUUAAGCAUUAGACGCUCCUCGGCUUCUAACAAAUGGUUCAACCGGGAGAGUCGACAGUGCCCUGUUCCAAACCAACUAAUGCAGAAACUUAACACAGGUGCCUGUGAACUUGUGACUCCACUGGUUGAUAUCCUAAUGAAGCUUUUUCAAAAGAUGGUGGACACCAAAUGUCAGUUCUUCAUAAGCCUUUUGAAUGUUUGUUUUUCUAAUCUUAUUCAGUCCACAAUGUCUUCUCCUCUCAGAGGAUCAAUUGGAUUCUAUUUAACACAGAAAUCACCUGGAAAAUUAGACACAAGUCCAAAGGUAAAAGCAAGUAGACAACUUCUCAGUCAAAGGAAAGGGUCUGAUGAUGUUGAUUUAGCAGACACUGCAAGUCCACUGAAAAAGACUGAAAAUCACCUGGAGUCUGCUUCCGUGAAUACAGAAGAUGCCAUUGCUAUUGAUCCAACUCAGAAAUUAUCAAAUACUAAUCUACCUCCUGAGAUUGACUUUGAUGUAUUUAAAGAACUCCCAAUUAAUAUCCAGAAGGAAAUUAUAACAGAUGCCAGCACUUCACAGGAACAGAUGAAUUAUCACAGAUCCCACAUUCCGGGUAUUGAGAAAGCACUUUGUAAAAGCAAUUUUACCUUCAGGUCACCAACAGAGGAUCAGAGGAAAUAUUUGGCAACCCCAGACCCUGAGAGCAAUCCAGCCAUUUUUAGUGCAAUUAAUGGUCCUGGUGCGGAUUUUUCCAAAAGGACAUCAGUCAAUCUUGGAACCCAGUUAGAGAUCAGUCAAUCUUGGAACCCAGUGUGUGCCCUUAAUGAUACGUCAACCAAUGUGCCAGACCUUCAUUCUCCAGGUGAAGCUUUACAAUCUGCUAAGAAAGGUCCUGAUGCACCCACCGAUCAAAAUACCCAGCCAUUCCCCACCAAUGUGGAUGUCAAGGUGUUUUCAGAAUUACCUGCUGAACUUCAGAAAGAACUGCUGACAGACUGGAAGCGACAGAGGACAGUGUUGAAGGUACAUGUUGCUAAACGAGGCAAGAAAGUCAAAUCCAGCACAGGGGCAAGACACCCUCAAAACUCUCCAAAAUCCAACAGUAUUCUGAAGUACUUUAGCAAAAGGUAGAACACGGGCGUGAUUAAAAGGUGUACCGCGCAAAACAGGAUUAAUUUCCUCCAAUAAAAAUAUUUGAUGCAUAAGCGGCAACACAAAGACUGAAAAUUCAAACAGGCGACAAGUGCCACUGGUGGAGAGAAUGGCAAUUCUGAUUUUAGUGGAAAAUAUUCUUCUGAAGUUUGAAACAAAAAGGUGUUUUCCCCUGAAUGUAACAAUAUAAAGUACUGUACUUGAUUCUGUCAAUAUGUGCCAAAAAGUGACGAAACCAAAACCACUUGCCCUAAGAUGUAUUAUCUGUUUGAUUAUCUUCAUCUUUCCAAUUAAAUGGCCCUUGAAUCCCUCCAGAGGCUGAAAUUCCCACACAUUGACAAUGCAGUUCCUGAUUUGGAUGGUAAUUUUUUUUACCAAGCUUGGAAAGUUUUAACAGUGGGAAAUAAACACAAAUGUAUCCAUUAAACGCAUGCACACUGUGAUAAUGGUUCUCCAAUCAAGAAGUACAUUCUUAAAGUCAGGAAACUACUGACUCUCUCCCUCAAGCAGAAAUACAAAUUUACAAAGUGAGAAGUUGUUGUUUGUGAAUAUUCAACAUUUUUACCUUAAAAAUAAUGCACGUGACUAUAUUGGAGUAUAAUGUUGAGACAAAAUUAGGUUCUUUAAAGUUGAGUGUUGCAAUACAUGUUGUGUCCUUCAAAAGAAAGGAGACUGGAAUUUUGUGAUUUGUGUUUCAUUGCAUGUCAUUCAGCUGCUUCUGCUUGCUACUGCAGCAGAUUGUUGUAUUAGUGUGUUGGUGUGAUUAUUAUAAACUUGCUGUGUUGAUAAAAAUACAUUUAACUGC